AUGGCCGUUGAUACAAGCUAUUUGACCACCCAGGUCAACAACAUUGUCAGCCAGCUCUAUGGGAUCUUUGAUGAAAUUGGGAUCCCUAACCACGAGCGCGAGUCUCGAGAAGAAGAGCUCUUCAGCGCGUUAUCGGAAACACUCAACAACCACUUGAAGCUAGUCGACGAGGAGAAAAAUGAUAUGACAGAAGAAGCGCAUAAACUGAUCAGCGCGAUUCAACAAAUGGAAGAGUCCCUAGUCGACGAGAAAGCCAAUGGCCAGUACAGCCUCGACCAUAAUGACCUACAAGUCACUUACCCACUAAAUCGCUGUCUCGCCUUUCUUCGCGAACAACACAGCGCAGUGAGCAAGUUGCAUCGACAGCGGUUCGAGCAGGUUAAGAAGCUUGUCGAAGCCCUUGAAUCGUAUUCGUCCCACCUUGAGUCCUCUUUCAUUACCAUUGAACUUCCUCCAACGGCGCCUGGUUCGUCCAUCGCGCCUAAUUUCAACCUCUCGCCCACAUAUGUUACUGCACUUGACAACGAGUUCUCAAGAGUAUACGAAGAGUACCAUCGGCGUCUUGAGCUUGUUACAACAACAUGUGAGGAGAUCAUUAAGCUCUGGGCUGAACUUGGAACGCCCCAAGCGCAGACUGAGUCCAGCAUUGUCCAGCACUACCGCGAGUCACCCGAGCAACUAGGCCUCCACGAAUCGGACCUAACAAACUUGCUCGCAAGGAGGGAGAAACUUUUGGACGAAAAGAGAGGACGUGAGCGCAAGCUUAAAGACCUCCGGAAUGCCGUAGAGGGACUCUGGGAGCGGUUCGGUGUUGAGGAGUGUGACAGAAAGGCAUUCCUCGCCGCGAACCGUGGCUGCGGGCUUCGCACCAUCAAUGAAUUUGAGGAGGAGCUAUCUCGCCUCAAUGAGCUGAAAAGGCAGAACCUUCACUUGUUCGUGGAGGAUGCGCGCUGCCGCCUGCAGGAGCUAUGGGAUAGUCUAUACUUCUCGGAAGAAGAUAUGCUAGAUUUCACACCUGCGUUCUCUGAUGUCUACAGCGACGCCCUCUUGGAAGCUCACGAGGCGGAAAUUGCACGCCUAGAGACCCUGAAGGAACAGCGUGCGCCAACUUUGCAACUCAUUGACAGACACCGCAGCCUUCUUGCGGAGCGCGAGGCUUUGAAUACCUCCAGUCAGGAUGCGUCGCGCCUUAUGGCGCGCGGGAACAAGGGAGAAAGGCGCGACCCCGGAAAAUUGCUGAGGGAGGAGAAGAUGAGAAAGAGAAUUGCAAAGGAGCUGCCAAAGAUUGAAUCUGACCUUCGGAAAGAACUAGAAAACUUUGAGGACGAAUACGGACGACCAUUCCUGGUUCACGGUGAGAGCUACCUGGAUGAGCUCACUAAGAUCGCCGCGAAGCCUCCGCCGCGGUCGAAGACUCCAUCUGCUGCACCAUCAAGCGCUUCGAAACGCAACGGUCCAUCAUCACGCCCUGGCAGUGUCAUGCGGGGUCCUCCGCCCCCGAGAUCGAGCACAAAGACCCCCACUGGAGGUCAACCAACAAAGUAUAACACUAUUGGGCCCUCUAGAUCGGGAGCCAAGUCACCAACGAAAAUACCGGGACGAGUGCCACUGGGGAAUAUGCCCCACGGAAACAACUCUCCUGACCGUCGGGGCCCGGGUACAUACUCUUCUAGCACUGUGAACGGCAAAAUGUCCUCUUCUCGAGCUCCACCCCCGAGGAUGAGAGCACUCACGGCCACUGACAAUAAAGACGAGCGAGGAGGAAGCUACUUGUUUGAGCCUCCUCGCUGUGCUAGUGCCUUGUCCAAUUCUUUUGUGCGGCCUGUUAGCCCCGAGGAUGUUUAUGAUGACCGCCAGCGUUCCUUUAUGAGUUCUUCCAUAUUCUCCCAACGAUCUACUGGGUUCUCUCAAUCAUCCCAAUCCUCAAACUCUUCUGGGUCUCUCAAGUCGUCGUUACAAGGAUACUACCCGCGACCAAACCCAUAUCUUCAGCACGCGCCUCCGCCUCCGGCGCCAAGACAGGUGUCAAGCACCUCCACUGCUGAUACGGUAACUACGGGAUCGGAGAACUGGGAAACCUUUGAUGAUGCAUCGGAAUCGGACGGCGAGACAAGUGAUGCAUACUAUGCUAAGCUCCGCGCUGCACAUGGGAAGCGCUUGGCUCCUGAAGACCACCAUCAGCCAUUAUCCCUUGCAGGCAAAAAGGCAAAGGGCAUCCGAAGUGUUAGCCCAGACGAGCCGAUUGGCAGGCAUAUGGUACGCGUGGCCGACAGUGAUAAUGGUUGGACCGACGACAUGGAGACCUACUAA